AUGGCGGGAACGGGAUUCGGUGGCGCUAUAGCACCGACGUCACUGGUCAGAUCAUGGAGAACCUCCUUUUUAACACCGAGAGACGAAACCCUAACAAAUCCUCCUCGCAAUUCCACAGCUCAAUUGCUCCAGAGUCUCAUUUUCUCUCAUUCUCAUAAUUUGUUAAGUGCAGCACCCAAAGUUUCUUCUCACGAGGUUUUAUCGGACAUUGCGUUUCUGAUGGAAUUGGUUGCUGCUACUUCUUCAUAUGAAGAAGACUGUGUUCAUAUCUAUACUCAAACAUCACGCUUGGUCCACAAUAUAUGUCGACAAGUUAAGUUUGACAUAAAUAGCUACUCUUUCGGCAGGUUUCUUGGUUCUUUCAAGAAGAUGUUGGAUAAGUUUCUUGGAAAAGAUGCUACUGGCGAUAAGUUAACUGGAAUUUGCAGAGCCGCAGCAAUUAUUUAUGUCGUUUGCAUGCUAUUAGGUUAUUUCACACUCCUGAAAUGA